CGACAGCGUCAUGAGCGGGGCGAGGCGGCAGGCCCCCGCCGAUUGGCACUUUGCUGUAGUUUGGAUUUAUGAUUGGCAGCUUGUUGACGACCGUACACCCACUCACUGAACAACAAAGAGCCGGCAACGUUGGAUAUAAAAGGAUGGGCGUUCAGCAGCCAACAGUAGCACAGUUAAAAAAGCCAAGUUAAAGAAGAAACUUGCUUUGUGAUUUCUUCGUGAAAGUGAAGCAUAAAGAAACAUGGUUCUGCUGAAGAUCUCCGCUUUCUUUGUGGUUUGUGCUGUUUUUGUAUGUCAGAUAAACCGCUCCCAUGCAGUUCCUCUCAGAUCUGUGCUGGAGUCAGCUUCAGACAGGGUGGCGCUCAAUGAUUACGAAGUUCGACGACUACUGAAUGCGCUCGUUAAGGAAUUCAUCCAAAUGAUGGCAGAGGAGCUGGAACAAGAAAUACCCGAUGCCAACAGCUUGGAUAGAUCCAUUGUCAAACGGUGCACGGGUCUGAGCACUUGUGUGGUGGGAAAGUUGUCCCAAGAGUUGCACAAAUUACAAACCAUCCAGCGCACUGACGUAGGAGCGACAACUCCUGGCAAGAAAAGGAACAUUCUCACUGAGCUGGAAAACGAACGCUAUUCUAACUACGGAGAGCCACUUGAAAACAACUAAUCGUUUGUUGUGACCGCAUGCAUCUUAAAUGCUUGAACGAUAGACAGCCUGAUUAAGUGCUAUGUUUCUUUUCCGCCUUAAUUUUUUUUGACGAAGAAUACUAGACAUGGACAUAAAUUAGUAUAUUAACCGUAAUAAGCAAUUACUUUAGCUUUAAAACUGAUUUUCUCAUUCUAGAUUUUUUUCUGCCUUCUGUGGCUAUAGAGUGUGUCAUUAAAUGAAUGCUUCUUCGUGCAUUACAUGGGUCUUUUUUCAAUAAACUUAUUUUUCUACCUGGAACACUUUUUCCUUUUAUAUGUAUUAGACUGAAGGAUUCAAGAUGCAAUGACUUAAAUGAUGCAGAAAUGUCACUCUUCCACAUUAUCAGAUUUGAAAUUAGAAACUUUAUAAAUAUCCAAUACUACCUGUGUCUUUGGUGGAUUUGACUUUUUUUUAAAGUCAAGGGUCAUUUUCCUUCCUUCGUGUAUGAUGCUUAAUUGUAUUUAGAUAUUUAAACGUAAUGAUAUCAGUGGUAAUUAAAAAAAAGGAUAAAUGAUCCAAUAUGCAUUGCAGGGUUUAGAUGACGGACUUACUGCUUUCACCUUCAAAAGUAUUCUCUUCAACUUGAUUCACUAAGCAUUUUAAAAUGUUAAAUGAAUCUACAUUUAAAAUCAUUUACCAAACAGGGUUCCCUAAAUUUUUGAUACCUUGCAUUUUCUUCCGUCUUCUUUCUUUGUAAGGUUGUGACAUCCCACGUUGGCCUUUCGCAGUAAAAGGGUCCUGCUCUUUGGCAACACAUUAGGCUCCUGCGGAAUUACUUACACCAGAGUGGGGGAAUUAAAAAUCUGAAAGCUCUCAGAACGGCACACGCUCCAGCACGUUCUUCCCGUCAUUUGGCAAAUGGAUUAGAUUCCAGACAUACUUGACCACAGAAAUGGAACUUGCAAUUUCAAGCAUUUUGAUUAGCUGCAGAGCAUCCAUUUCAAUUAGAAUAGAUUACAU